AUGGCCGCCUCUGGAGUCGAGGAAGACCUCGUACUACCAGAUGAAGUACUGGGAAUCAUCUGUGAUGAACUUGGCCGAGACCGUGAUUUUGUGACCCUUUAUCGAUGUGCCCAAGCGUCCAGGUCAUUCGCAGAUCCUGCGCUGAGAACAAUGUACCAGUACCACGAGCAAUCGCCAGCCUUCUUACAGAGCGAUGAGGCCGAUCCAGGGCUAGCAAAGGCCGACUUUGCCACCAAAUAUGCCAACGCGGAGCAGGCUUUCCAGCGAUGGACGACACUGUGGCGAUCUGUGAUCAUUUCCAGCUUGCCGGACUCGAAGACAUACAAGCCAUACUGCCGCUAUCUUCGCAUGCUGGACUUCCGGAACUUGCUAAAUAUGGUUGAAGACCCUAGAAUGGCUCGGGGAAAACUCCAGUCCUCCUUCUUUGGAGGUCCCAUGAGGCCUUUCAAAAUCAUGUCGAGUCGCGCGUGGAAGGGAAUGCAUUACGUCGAUGGCAGCGCAACAAUCAAUGCGGUCGGCGAAUCUCUGACCCAAGCAGCCACGCAAAUUGAGGAAAUAGCAGGUGACAUUUCCCCAAACAAUCUACCACGCUGGAUUGACAGAACGCCAAAGCUGGAGCGCUUAGUUCUAUGGAAUGGCAAUUCUCUGGUCCAGCGCGCUGGUCAAUCCGUGGCCAAGACGUGUGAUCAUUUCAGCAGUCUGACUAUACGUGAGUGGCGUAACAUCCUGCCAGACGAUCCUCUCGCAGCAGACAAGACCUGUGCCGCGUUUCUGAAUGACCUCGAGCCCGACACAUUGGAGCACUUCGAAAUCAUCAGCUACAAUGACAUUGCAGGGAACUCGUUCACAGCUCUUGGACGGCACAAGUCUCUCCGGGAUUUGACGCUUAACAACUUGUCAAGACAGGCAGUGGAGAAUCUGAAUUGCCUCAAAGACUGCACGGAGCUACAGAUCUUGGUUUUGGAGGACAAUGAAGCGGUCCAGCUUGAGGCUGCCAAUAAUGACAUCUUCACGGAGGUUGUUGAAUGGCUGAGGUCGUGCUCUAAACUACGAGACCUUACCCUCAAACGCUUCCGCGACGGACCAGCCAUACUCAGUCAAGUACUCGUUUCACCGACAGUCAAGUUGACCAAACUUUCUCUCGAAGGUUACCUGGUGCGAGACACGAGCUCAAGAUUGUUCCACACUGCGUUGUCAGAGCAAAAGACACUGGAAGCAGUGUGGCUUCGCGGCAUUGGGGAGGACGUGGUUCCCGAUGAUCUAACGAUCAUGGUCGAUGGACUCUCGAACAUCCCUCAUUUGAAGGAGUUGGUGCUGAAGGAGGUGUCAGACGAGUUUCAGGAGGAACACAUCAUGAAGCUGGCGCUAAGUCUGCCAGAGCUGGAAGAACUCUGGACAUCAGGUGAUGUUGUUUCUGCUGAUGUGUUAAUGGGCUUGCGCAACCUCCGAAACCUGAAGAAGCUGGAUCUCUACGCCAUGACUCAGUUCAGGAGUGAUGAGAUUAUCGACUUCAUCAGCCAGCUCGACCCUGUGACACAGCGUGGUUUCCAGCUAUCCCUAAUGGCUGCAGAUCCAAAUCAGGGCAACUUAUCAGAGACGGAGCAAGACUUGAUCAGAGAACUCAUCCGGACGAGCCUGGAUGGACGCUUCGAUUUCGUGCUCUGGCGGGAUGCUGAUACCAGUGACAGUGACAGUGAUUAA